CAGUUUAAAUCCGUCCUCAUCGGUCUUUGUUUCACAUCCUGCAGCCCAGAGAACCAUAGCUAGCAAAUCUACAGCGUUUGAAUAUCAGCGAGAUUUCAGUAGUAGGAGAAGGAGGACUAUAUAAGGCCGGAAAAAAAAUAAUAAAACCUAAAGUCUUUCUUCAGAACAGAACUCUCCCUGGAGAGAAGUUUGAAGAAAGCCACGGGAGGCUCGAUAAGAUCACGUCGUUCUCAUUUUUUUCGUCGCCUUUGUUCAGGUUGUUACUAUCUUUGCAUCAUGGCGUGUGGUGCUACUUUAAAAAGGACUAUGGAUUUCGACCCUCUCAUGAGCCAGGCGUCCCCGAAAAGGAGGCGAUGCGCCCCAAUGUCGACCCCGUCAGCUUCCACUUCUUCCCCGCAAAAAUACCUGCGUAUGGAGCCGUCUCCGUUCGGAGAGGUGUCGUCCAGACUCACAACAGAACAAAUCCUCUACAACAUAAAACAGGAGUAUAAGCGCAUGCAGAAGAGGAGGCACUUGGAGAGCAGCUUCCAGCAGACAGACGCUUGCUGUUCCACUGAUGCACAGCCUCCUGCCUCCGUUCUCGGUGGAUCCACUCUGCCAGGCACAUCAUCAGGGCCAUUAUCACCAGCUAAAAAAGAACAGCCUUUAUUUACUCUAAGACAAGUUGGAAUGAUUUGUGAACGAUUAUUAAAAGAGCGAGAAGAGAAAGUUCGAGAGGAGUAUGAAGAGAUUUUGACAACAAAACUGGCAGAGCAAUAUGAUGCAUUUGUGAAAUUUACACAUGACCAGCUAAUGCGGCGGUUUGGUGAACAACCUGCUAGUUAUGUCUCCUGAGAGAGAACCUGCUUGUAUUCUCCAGUACUCUUGGUUGCUGCAACCUUGGCUUUGUUUGUUCAGACUCUCAGCAGUGCCAUGUUUCCCCUGUAGGCACACGCAGGCUGUUUCAAGCUUUUGUCAUCGGUAACCACUUUUUCUUCAGCAACUGGUUUUGGAGUGCUCCCUGAUGUUAAAAUGUGUAUAUGGACCUCUGCUACUAUUACUCUACCAGUGGCCUCCUAUGUUUCAUUUGCUGUAUAAAGAUUGAUUAGGCUUUUUUCUGAUUUUUUUUUUUUUUUUUCCUUUU